AGCUAUACUACAUAUUACGCAUGUGUCUGAUUUUGCCUUUCUUAAAUUCUAAGGAUUUUCCAUGGCCACUCUUCUUCCUCUCAUUCUCGCUUUCAUGGUCAAUUCACUUUCGCUUUCUUCUGCAACUGAUACUCUCACACAGUCUCAUCCCCUCGUCGACGACGCCAACGGAACCACCUACUUGGUUUCCAGUGACGGAACCUUCCAACUCGGCUUCUUCUCUCCAGGCUCUUCCUCGAAUCGCUACCUGGGCAUCUGGUACACAAACAUCCCCGAUACGACCGUCGUCUGGGUGGCCAACCGCCAAACGCCCCUCAGAAACGACACCAACUUCACAACUCCCAGUCGUUUGACCAUAACCGACGAGAGAGGUCUCGUGCUCCUCAGCCAAAACGGCACCGUUGUUUGGUCGGCAAACACUACGGUUAAAAGCUCGAGUUUGAAAAAUGGCACUGUUGUUGCGCAGCUUUUGGAUUCAGGGAACUUGGUUCUGAGAAAUGAACGGGGCGAGGUUGAUGAUGAUGGUGAGGAGUAUAUAUGGCAGAGUUUUGAUUAUCCGACUGACACGUUCUUGCCUGGAAUGAAGAUUGGGUGGGAUCUGAGAAGAGGGAUAAACAGGGAAUUGAGGGCGUGGAAGAGUUGGGACGAUCCUUCUGUGGGAGAUCUGAGAUGGGGCAUGGUGCUCGGAGUGACGCCGGAGCUGGUGAUGUGGAAGGGAGAAGAAGAGUACUAUAGGAGUGGUCCUUGGAAUGGAGCUAUUUUCAGCGGGAAAACUACACCGAUCUUCGAGCUGCAAUUCGUCUCUAAUCAAGAUGAGGUGGUUUACACUUCCAAGCUUCAGAACAAAUCAGUGAUAACAAGGGUUGUACUGAACGGAACUACGUCUUAUCGUCAGCGCUAUAACUGGGUUGAGCAAACUAAAAGCUGGAGGCUUUAUUCAUCUGUGCCCAGAGAUAACUGCGACAACUACAAUCUCUGUGGUCCCUAUGGAAAUUGCAUCGUUAAUGAUUCUCCACCCUGCCAGUGUCUAUCAGGGUUCCAGGCAAAAUCACCCCAAAACUACAAUGCAUUGGACUGGACCCAGGGAUGUGUUCGCAGUGAAUUGUGGAGUUGUGGGGUCAAAAAUAGAGAUGGGUUUCGAAGAUUCAGUGGAUUGAAAAUGCCAGAUACUAGAAAAGCUUGGGUUAAUGCAAGUAUGACACUUGGGGAUUGCAGGAUGAAAUGCUUGGCAACUUGUUCCUGUACUGCUUAUGCAAACUUGUAUGCUACUGGAGGAGGUAGUGGGUGUCUCAUUUGGUUUGGUGACCUUGUUGAUUUGAGAGUGGCUUCCACUCCUGGCCAAGAUCUGUAUAUUCGAAUGGCUGCCGCGGAGACUGAUGCAAAAGAGCAUAAGAAAAUGGUGUGGGUGGUGGUGAUAGCAGUUACUGUUCCACUGGUUAUCGUGGUGCUUUUGGCUUUCUCUUGCAUUCGUUGGCGGAAAAGAAAUCAUAGAGAGAAAAUCUCCAUAGAGAAUAUCAAUAAAGGUGAACAAGAGGACUUGGAACUGCCAUUUUAUGACCUUGCUACGAUUGUUAAUGCCACUAAUGACUUCUCAAAUGACAAGAAGCUUGGCCAAGGUGGCUUUGGACCAGUAUACAUGGGUAUACUAGCAGAUGGACAAGAGAUUGCUGUCAAGAGGUUAUCCCAGAGCUCUGGACAAGGAAUGCAAGAAUUUAAGAAUGAAGUUUUAUUGUGUGCCAAACUUCAACACCGAAAUCUUGUCAAGGUUCUAGGUUGUUGCAUCCAAGGAGAGGAGAAGAUGCUCAUCUAUGAGUACAUGCCCAACAAAAGCCUAGAUAACCUUUUGUUCGAUUCCAAUCAAAGCAAAAACCUAGAAUGGUCUAGGCGCUUUCACAUUAUAUUUGGAAUUGCACGAGGGCUUCUUUAUCUUCAUCAAGAUUCCAGAUUGAGGAUUAUACAUCGAGAUCUUAAAGCAAGUAAUAUUUUGUUAGAUGGUAAGAUGAACCCAAAAAUUUCAGAUUUUGGCAUGGCAAGAAUGUUUGGUGGUGAUCAGAUUGAAGGAAACACAAAUAGAAUAGCUGGUACCUAUGGUUAUAUGUCACCAGAAUAUGCUAUUCAUGGGCUAUUCUCUAUUAAAUCUGAUGUGUUUAGCUUUGGUGUAUUAUUGCUGGAAAUAAUAACUGGAAAGAAAAACCGAGGAGCUUCUUAUCCAAGCCAGGGUUUUAACCUCAUUGGCUUUGCAUGGAGAUUGUGGAAGGAGGGCAACAUAUUGGAACUAAUUGAUGGUUGUUUGGGAGAAGCUUUUAAUUUAUCAGAAGCAUCGCGCUGUAUUCAUGUGGGUCUUCUAUGUGUGCAACUGCAUCCUGAGGAUAGGCCAAACAUGGCCUCUGUAAUUGUGAUGUUGAGUAGUGAGAAUGUGUUGCCUGAGCCUAAGGAGCCAGGUUUCUUGAUAGAGAGGAUUAUGAUGGGAGAAGAAUGUGGUUCUUCUGGCAAGCAGACAUCUUCAACUAAUGAAGUAACUAUGUCUCAGUUGGAGGCCAGAUAAGGCGUUAUUUUACUCAUUACAAUAUCAUGCAAGUGAAAGCAUUUAACUUUUGUUUUGUUUUGUUUCGUUUUUUCCUCCUCAAUGUACAGUCUAUGGUGAUUAGUCAAUUUCUUCUGGAGGGAUAAUGCUUAUUGUUGUUGCAAUGUACAGUCUAUGGUAAUCCAUCAUUCUUGUAGAUUGUCAAGGAAACAUAUUAAGUUGGUUGGAAGUGAUAUGAAAGUUGGUUGUUGAGUUGCA